AGAGCCCAAAAAAGUCAUAAUCUGGACAGGAUAUGGUCAAAGUUAGCGUUGGGUCGAAGUCAUUCGAUGUGCAAAUAGGAGAAGGAGAUGAAAUGAUUUCUACGCUUGGACAACUGAGAGAACGAAUCAGUGAGGAGGCCAAUAUAGAUCCAUCUUGCAUGAAAAUCAUCCACAGAGGUAAAACAAUCCAGGGUGACGAUGACUUGUCCUUGUUGGAUUUGAAGUUCAAGAAGAACGACAAGCUUCUAAUCAUGGGAAAAGUCUCUACAACAAUGAAGGAUGAUCCCGGUUUUUCCGCCCUUGUUUCUUAUGAGAAUAGCAACCUAGUGCCACUUCAGAAGCUUCAUGAAGAGAUAGAAAAGGACUUGACUCAGCUGGAAUUAAACUACCUCGACAAAGAAAAAUCUCUGGAAAUGGUGAAAAGAAUGGAAAAAAGGCUUGCUCAAUUCACAGAAACCUCUAUGAAGCAUCUAGAAGGGUUGGAUGGCUUGAAUAUCAUAGGAGAGCUCACCACUGAGGAUCAGGCUAUUCGAAACAGAGAAAAGCGAAAAUUUCUCGUGGAUGGUAUUCAUACUCUCAUGAACGGUAACGAUAAACAUGUACGGCGGCUUGAAGAGUACAAGAAGAAGCUAUUGGGAGAGAUUAUUGAAUGACCUGCUUAUAACGAUCGUGACUGAAAGACUGUACAGUCUAGUAGAUUUGACGACUCACAAAAUGCACCUGCGGUGACGACAAC